CAGAUUUUACAAGACGAGAUUUAAUUACCCGCAUCUCAGCAUACCGUAGCUUCCAGUCUGCCAUGGCUUAUAUUCCUCCCCACAAGCGCCACUCUAGUUCCUCUCCGGCGCCGGAGUCUCUUCUGCCCCCUCAUUUUCGCAAAAAUCUAAGCCUAAGUGACCGGAACUCAAACAGCAGGAGCACCCGGAAGGACAAGGGGUCCAAACUUAUCUACGCAGACAACGCGAUUUCUAAGUGGUUCGUGGUCGGCUUGCCCAACUCGGACAAGGAAGAUGAAUCUUCGCGCAACCUUUCAGCUCUCACCAGAUUCGAGCCGGUAUCACUCGGAUCCUUCGCGAAAAAAUCGGGUGAAACCCCCCUUGUUUUGGUUCUGAAAGACGACUCUGCUGAGAGAGAGGAUGCGUUUGUGGAAAAACCGUGGGUUUUUGUUGUUGAAAAUGUGAAGCAGGACUUGCUUGCAGCAUUGGACAGGGUGAAGAGCGAAAUUCUGGAAAAUGAACUUGAUGGAGUAAAGCCAACUCUAGUUGCCCGCGUUGGAAGAGUUCUCUUUCACGGAAAUCUUUCAUAUUUACACUCAUGGACUGAAAGCAGUUUGAGAACAUCGAAAAGAUCUUUUUACACUAAUGUUCCUCUCUCAUAUAUGGAACACCUAACAAACGAAAUUGUUCAAAAAGUUGGACUUGACUUUGAGGGGGAUAAGGAGUUGUACCAUGUUAAGAUCUCUGAUAAUUUACAGCCUGAUUCAACAAUCUCAUGUAAAUGUGCUGUGCGAAAAGAUUGUAAAAGCAUUGAACUCUACAAGGCAGGUUUCUACUAACAUUCCAUGACAGCAGGAUGGUAAUGUGUAUAUUUGCACCAGAGCUUUCAUGAGAAUGUAUUUUGUUGUGUCUAUAACUCUGGUGAUUAACAAGUUGUAUGGAGUAUGACAGCAUGUGUCUAUACACUGGUGCUGCCUCAUCUUUAUAAUUUCUUUACCACAGAUUGAGUUUAACCAGGUGCGUCCCCUGGUUGUAGACAUGUCUUUUCUUCGGAAGAGCCUAGAUUUGAGGUUAAUGCUUACUACCAAGAGAAUCGUGAUAUCUUUAACUGACGACGAAGAAGAUUGUAUAAAAGCUCUAAUUUCUUGUGCCAUUCUCGAUCCAGACGUUAAGGGUGGGCUUCGAUGGCCACUUGGGAAGGAUACAUUGGGAGGUCGGUACACUAUAGUUGGUGUCUGGCAUACCAGUGCUAAAACAUACAGAAGUUCAUCAUUCAGGCUUAAGGUUCGACGUGCAGAUCGAUUUGAUUUCAGAACAUCAUCUGGUGAGGUUUCAGGGGAGGUUAUUCUGAAAAUGCACGGAGUUGUAGCGCUGAUGCAGAAGCAAACAUUUGAAAAUGACAAAGUGGUGCAAUUGCUUGGAGAUGAUUUGAAGUUUAUAUGGGAUCACUUUAUGUGCAUCAAUAAGUGAACUCAAAAUUUUGGAUUUCGGAGAUGGCUUACUUGUUAUAGGCCUUGUAGCAUUUUCAUCUCUUGUAAAUAACUUUUCCAGCAAUUUGGUAUUAAAGCUCUAAUGCUGUUUUGGUACAAUGAUUUCUUGUAAACCCAUCCCCCACUUCACCCCAAAGUUCAAACCUCAUUGACCUCAGUAUUAGCUCUGAGUUUUGGCAACCAUCGUGCUUUAUAAUGACACGUAGCCUUUUGAAAUACUGAGUGAGAAAUUGUUACAAACCUACGGACCUACUAAGUUGGUUAGUACUUCCUCCGUCUCAUCGGAUUUUGCCAAAUUUCUCUUUUUGGUUCUCC